AUGCCAUCGCCUAUACCCCGCUUUAGAAGAUCAAUAUUCUGGGCAAUCCCAAUAGCAGCAGGCAUCACUCUCUAUCUCAUCCCAAGGCAUAAUUCUCAAAUCCCCACCAUAUUCUCUUCACCUACCAUCAUUCCCUGUCCUCCUACAAACUUGAAUCCCACCAUCUUCUCGCCUUCAGAGUCACAUCGCUCUCUCAUAACUAGAAUUCUCGACAUCCUCCGUGAUACAAUAUGGGAGCCUCUGUUGACGGCAAAGCGUUUCAUCUACCUAUUCGCCCUCUUCCUCCCAGUAAUAGUAUCCAGUCCAAUGUUACUCGUCGGAAAACCAAAGAAAAAAUACAAAGGCGAUAGAUGGGGCGCCAUUUGGUGGUAUGGCUUUCUGGUUCAUCAAAUGGAAUCCGCAGGUCCUACCUUCAUCAAGUUGGCACAAUGGGCUGGUUCUCGCGCCGACUUGUUUCCGACAUGCCUCUGUGAACGCCUAGGCUCCCUUCAUUCACAGGGCAGGAACCACCCACUGUCACAUACCAAGGCGGUAAUCGAAAAAGUUUUCCAAAGGCCGUUUGAUCAGGUAUUCGAACAUUUUGAUCAAGUUCCCAUUGGUUCUGGAGCCAUUGCCCAAGUUUAUCGAGCAACUCUCAAACAAACCCUUCUUCCCCCUUCCUACCUUGGUCCACGCAGGACGCGGAAAUCACCCGCGGGGCCCCUCGGCCCUGUUAUUCGUCAAGACCCUCCUCCAUCCGUCCCAACUGCGUCUGUGGCCAUCAAAAUUCUCCAUCCGCAUGUAGCUAAAACAAUCUCUCGUGACCUCUCCAUUAUGGCCUUUUUUGCACGGUGUAUAUCAAUCCUACCUGCGAUGCAGUGGUUGUCUCUUCCUGAAGAAGUCCAAGUUUUUGGCGCAAUGAUGCACCAGCAGCUGGACCUGAGAAACGAAGCCGACAACUUGCUUGCCUUUGAGAACAACUUUGCACCGAGAAAGGUGCCCGUAACGUUUCCGAGGCCCCUCAAACUGUGGUCGACGAAAGAUCUGCUUGUAGAAGAGUACGAAAACGCCCUUCCACUAGAAGCUUUUUUACGCAACGGAGGUGGUCCGUAUGACGAACAAGUGGCCACUGUUGGCUUGGAUGCGUUUCUGAAUAUGCUCCUCCUUGACAACUUUGUUCAUUCUGAUCUUCACCCUGGCAAUAUCAUGAUCAAAUUCAGCAAACCACUGACUACCCGUAUAUUGCUCGAGAACCUUUACGCGCAGAUGUUCCACAAAAACGAAUCGGAUGGAAAGGGCCUCCCCGUUUCGGCCACACCAGUUAGUGACUCCGAAUCUGACAGCAUCGUCGCGCGUUUGCGCUCUCUUGCAAACUCGCCCAUCGAAUGGCACCAAGAACUUGAAAGUCUCCACGAAUCCGGAUAUGUUCCAGAAAUCGUCUUCAUUGACGCUGGGCUCGUCACUACCCUUGAUGCCCAUAACCGACGAAACUUUCUCGACCUCUUUCGCGCCGUGGCCGAAUUCGACGGCUAUCGAACUGGACAACUUAUGAUUGAACGAUCACGGUCCCCCGAACUCGCCAUCGACACUGAAACGUUCGCCUUGAAAAUGCAGCACCUUGUUUUAAAUGUCAAGCGAAAGACUUUCUCCCUUGGCCAAAUCAAGAUUUCGGACUUGCUUACGGAGGUAUUGAAGGCGGUGAGGGUACACCAUGUAAAGAUGGAAGGCGAUUUUAUCAACACGGUAAUAUCCGUAUUGCUAUUGGAGGGGAUCGGUCGACGGCUGGAUCCAGGGAUGGACCUGUUUGCGAGCGCGUUGCCAAUCUUGAGGCAGUUGGGAGGGCAAAUGGCUACGAAGGAAUCUUUUAAUAAAGACUUGCCAUCAAGCAACCUGGGCGCCUUGUUAAAGGUUUGGGUGUGGGUUGAGGCUCGCUCCUUCAUCUCUUCAGCCAUCGUCAAUGCAGAUGAUAUAAUCAAGUAUGACUGGUUCUGCCCGAGCAUUUAGCAAUUUGCCUCCCACGAAAAUGUAUGCCACACCGAGAUCCUCACCUUGCACGUACCUUUGAACAAACCCAGGCCCAUACCCUAGAUCAAAACUAGAUUGUAAUGCCCAAGUACGGUAUUUUCUUCUAAUACACAGUCACCGCUUCUUUUUGUUAUUCCGAGCUGGAAACGACAGUUUCAAAUUGGC